CACGGCUUAAUGGGAAUUGAAAUUUUUGACUUCUUACACUAUGGACUCAACCGAUUUUUUUUCUUUUCUUCAUGGUGCCCCCGCAGAAUCUGAAAAAAACGACAUGGAUGAAGAGAUGGAGGAGGUUGAUCCUCUAGAAACACUCCCACAAAAGCGAAAAGCAACAGAAUCUUUUUCAAAACUUCCAGAUGAUUCAAGUUCAUCCAAGAAGGCCAAAAUGGAAGCCACACCUGCUACUGAAUCUAUAUCAAAUCCGGUUGUUCUCGAUGACUUUGAAACAGAAGCCAAGCGAGAAGUUGCUGCCAGCGCUGGCUUAACGGGAGGCGUUGAAGCUGGUUCACGGUUAGAAUUAAGGCAUCAGGUUCGACAUCAAGUUGCAGUUCCCCCAGGAUACCCCUACAUCCCAAUUUCUCAACAUGUACCUCCUGCAAAACCUGAUCGAGAAUAUAAAUUCGAACUGGAUCCUUUUCAGAAGGUUUCUGUCCACGCUAUUCAAAGAAACGAAAGUGUUCUUGUGUCUGCGCAUACCAGUGCAGGUAAGACUGUCGUGGCAGAAUAUGCCAUCGCCCAUUGUCUGGCGCGGAAACAGCGUGUAAUCUAUACGAGUCCCAUCAAGGCUCUCAGUAAUCAAAAAUAUCGCGAAAUGCUGGCUGAAUUUGGGGACGUUGGCCUUAUGACUGGAGACGUCACAAUCAAUCCCUCCGCAACUUGUCUCGUUAUGACUACCGAGAUUUUACGCUCAAUGUUAUACCGAGGCUCUGAAAUUAUGCGUGAAGUCGCAUGGGUUGUUUUCGAUGAAAUACAUUACAUGAGAGACAAGGAACGAGGUGUAGUCUGGGAAGAAACCAUCAUCCUCCUUCCCCAUACUGUCCGAUAUGUCUUUUUGUCUGCAACAAUACCAAAUGCCAUGCAGUUCGCCGAAUGGAUAUGCAAAUCGCAUGAACAGCCUUGUCAUGUCGUUUAUACCGACUUCCGACCCACUCCAUUGCAGCACUAUCUUUUCCCGAAAGGCGGCGAAGGCAUAUAUCUUGUCGUUAAUGAGAAGGGCGAAUUCCGAGAAGACAAUUUCAGUAAGGCUAUGGGUGAAAUACAGGAACGCGCAGGAGAAGACCCUGCUGAUCCUCGAAGCGGAAAAGGAAGAAAGGGAAAAUCAAAAAAGGGCGGCGAAAAGAAAGCUGUCUCCGACAUUUCUCGAAUUAUCAAAAUGAUCAUGGUAAAAAACUACAAUCCGGUCAUCGUGUUUUCGUUCAGCAAGCGUGAAUGUGAAGCCAACGCGCUGCUAAUGUCUAAAUUCGAGUUCAAUUCUACGGACGAGCAAGAUCUCGUUACGAAUAUCUUCACCAAUGCUAUCGAGAAUCUUUCUCCCGAUGACCGAAAUUUACCUCAAAUAGCCCAGCUACUUCCCCUUUUGAGGCGUGGCAUCGGUGUCCAUCACAGUGGUCUUCUUCCUAUUCUGAAGGAGGUCAUCGAAAUCUUGUUCCAGGAAGGACUCAUCAAGGUUCUUUUCGCUACAGAGACUUUUUCUAUCGGUUUGAACAUGCCUGCUAAAACAGUUGUGUUCACUGACACACGCAAGUACGAUGGACGCGAACAAAGAAGCUUAUCUUCUGGCGAGUAUAUCCAGAUGUCUGGACGAGCUGGUCGUCGUGGGCUCGACGACCGAGGAGUGGUGAUCAUGAUGUGUGACGAGAAGUUGGAACCCAGCGUAGCCAAGGAAAUGAUCAAAGGAGAAGCAGAUCGUCUUGAUUCGGCUUUCCAUAUCGGUUACAACAUGGUAAUGAAUCUCAUGAAGGUGGAGGGCAUUAGUCCAGAAUUUAUGUUGGAACGUUGCUUCCACCAAUUUCAGAGUAGUACAGGCAUACCGAAACUCCAAGAAGAACUGAAAACCGAAGAGAGAAGAAAGGACGAUAUUUCAAUACCAGACGAAGAACGUGUUGCCGAAUAUUAUGAAUAUCGUCAACAGUUAGAUCUGAUGGCAGCCGACUUUCGAGAAGUCAUAACACAUCCCAACUAUGCUUUACCGUUCCUUAAGCCCGGACGUCUUGUAAAAGUCAAGUAUGGCAAUCUGGACUUUGGUUGGGGCGUCGUCAUCAACUUCAGCAAGCGUUCACCCCCCAAAAAUCAGCCUAUGCUCAAGGUCGACAUCCCGCCUCAUGAACAAUAUAUUGUCGACGUCCUACUGAAUUGCGCGUCUGGGGGAAGUGUUUCCACGAAGGACAAGAUCAACCCAACGCCUACGCCUGGAGGCAUUCAACCAUGUCCGCCGAAUCAAAAAGGUUCUCCGCUCGUGGUCCCAGUAAUUCUUUCCACACUUGAAGGGAUAAGCCAUCUGCGUAUAUACCUUCCCAAAGAUCUACGACCCGAUCUCAAUCGCGAAACGGCGUGGAAGAGUAUUCUUGAAGUUCAGCGUCGUUUUCCGGACGGCGUCCCACUUCUCGAUCCAGUGAAGGAUAUGAAAAUCAAGGAUGAGAAAUUUACUGCCCUUGUUCAGAAAAUUGAAGCAAUGGAAGACAAGAUGUACAAAAAUCCAUUGCAUACAGAUCCUCGGCUUUCUGAAUUAUAUGCCAUGUAUAAAAAUAAGAAGGAGCUACAAGACUCGAUUCGGUCUCUGAAGAAACGUAUACAGUCAACACAUGAUGUUCUUCAAAUGGAAGAACUGAAAUGCAGGAAACGGGUACUACGUCGGUUGGGUUUCACAAGCGCAAUGGAUAUCGUGGACACCAAAGGAAGAGUCGCUUGCGAAAUCAGUACCGGGGACGAACUUUUGUUAACGGAGCUCAUCUUCAAUGGAGCAUUUAAUACACUGGCUCCAGAACAUUGUGCGGCUCUCCUCAGCUGCUUUGUAUUUGAUGAGAAGAGCGAAAAACAGACCAAGCUUAGUGAAGAGCUCGCUGCUCCGUUGCGCGUAAUGCAAGAACUCGCCAAACGUAUCGCCAAAGUGUCCAUCGAAUCCAAGUUGCCGCUGGAUGAGGAGAAAUAUAUCGCCUCGUUCAAGGUAGAGUUAAUGGAUGCUGUGAUGCAAUGGUGCCGCGGGGCGUCGUUCUCUGAUAUUUGCCAGCUCACCGACAUAUUCGAGGGCAGCAUCAUCCGUGUGUUUCGGCGAUUGGGAGAGCUACUGCGUCAGAUGGCAAUGGGCGCUAAAGUGAUUGGCAACACAGAGCUUCAGGAAAAAUUUGAGAAGACCUCAGAGAUGCUUGAACGUCCAAAUUCUGUGAUCUUCUGUUCCUCAUUAUAUUUGUAGAGGAUUUUCCUAUAUCGAGUAUACAUACAACCAUCAUUGAAUGCAUAGUGUGAGGAAC